GUGAACUAUGGGACAGUCGCUUCUUGAUCAGCCCCUCUGCAGGAUGUUCAUGCCUUUAGUCACUGGCUGUGUCUACAUUCUACAGCUGCGGCUCCAGCAGAGAAGGACCCGUGAGCAGCUGGCAGACCAAGGCAUCAUGCCACGUGCAUCACGAAACCUGUAGCACCACUGGAGAAAGGAUGUUGGGAGCUCAGCCCUGCUCGGUGGAAUACUCUAUCCUGACCUAGCUCAGGCUCCACGUGCAUAUCUGUGCUUACCUGGGACCCAGCACUGAAAAGCCCAUCUGCAUUCCAUGAACAGAGAAAAAGUCUGGAGCGAGCCAAGACUGAAGAUUAUCUCAAGCACAAGAUCAGAAGCAGGCCUGAGCGCUCAGACCUGGUCAACAUGCACAUUCUGCAAGACUCGGCUGCAGAGGGGUCCAUUCAGUCGACUCAAAUGAAGCUGAAAAGAGCCCGACUGGCAGAUGACCUCAAUGAAAAGAUCGCUCUCAGGCCAGGUCCUUUGGAGCUGGUGGAGAAGAAUAUCAUUUCCGUUGACUCUGCAGUGAAAGAGGCCAUAAAAGGCACCCAGGGCAGCUUCCCCCGCCCCGCCGACGCCUUCGCCUUCGAGGAGGAGGACAGCAGCGCGGACGGGCUGUCCCCCGAGCGGCCCCGCAGCCGCGGCUCCCCGGGGCCCGCAGAGCCGCCCGCUGCCUCCAGGGACCCGGAGCCGCCCCCUGCCCCUGCCGGGACACCGCAGGAUCGUCCCCCCAGUGCCGAUGGCCACGCUCUGGACACAGCCCCGGAGCAGGGCAGCCAGUGUGACAGCCCCAAGCAGACGGGGGGGCAGGACAGCCCCACGCUCCCCGUGCCCUCUGCAGUGAAGUCCAAAUCAUCCACUGAUAGCAAGAACCGUCACAAAAAGCCCAAGGACACAAAACCCAAAGUGAAGAAGCUCAAGUACCACCAGUACAUCCCUCCAGACCAGAAGGCAGAGAAAUCCCCUCCACCCAUGGAUUCUGCAUAUGCCAGACUGCUCCAACAACAGCAGCUCUUCCUGCAGCUCCAGAUCCUCAGCCAGCAGCAGCAGCAGCAGCAACAGCACUUCAGCUACUCUGGGAUGCACCAAGGACAGCUAAAGCAAUCAAAUGAACAAAUGGUCAAAAGUUCAAAUUCUACAUCAACUUCUGUCAACAACACCUCUCUUUCUCCAGUGAAAACCUCCUUUUCAGGCCAGACUUGUGUCUCAUCUAUCAAGCCAGGCCCUCUGCCGUCCAACCUGGAUGAUCUCAAAGUGUCCGAGCUGAGGCAGCAGCUCCGAAUACGAGGCCUGCCUGUGUCGGGUACCAAGACAGCGCUGAUGGAGCGUCUGCGGCCCUUCCAGGAGUGCGGCAGCACCGCGGUGCCAAACUUCAGUGAGAUCACCACCGUCACCUUCCCAGUCACUCCGACAAGCACGCUGUCGAGUUACCAGUCCCAGUCUUCCACCAGCAUGUUAUCAAAUGGCUUCUACCACUUUGGCAGCACCAGCUCCACCCCACCCAUCUCACCUGCCUCCUCCGAUCUCUCUGUGAGUGGCUCUUUGCCAGACACUUUCAACGACGGGCCCAUGUCUUCCCCACAGUUCGGUCUCCAGCCAUCUCCAGUUCAUGGCAGUGCUGAAGAAAGCCUCAUGAGCAGCAUGAAUGGAGGGAGCAUCCAUCUGGAACUGGAAGGAAUUGACACAGAGAAAGACAAGAUGCUGGUGGAGAAGCAGAAGGUCAUCAAUGAGCUGACGUGGAAGCUGCAGCAAGAGCAGAGGCAGGUGGAAGAGCUGCGGAUGCAGCUCCAGAAGCGAAAGAGAAGCAAUGGCCUUGAGGAGAAGCAGCAGCAUUUCUUUGGUGUCCCCAUCAAGCAAGAAAACACCGUGUCCAGCUGUCCAUUUGCAUCCAAACAAACGGCCCUGAAAGGCCAGGCGGGCAGCUCGGACAAGCUCAGUAACUGUGCGGUGCCACAGGUGCCCCACAUUGUAAAUAGCCACUGCCUGGAGCCUGCGGGGCAAAGCACCAUCACCUCCUCGACAUUCCUGAGCCCGCAAUGCUCCCCCCAGCACUCUCCCCUCGGGGCUGCCAAGAGCCCCCAGCACAUCAGCCUUCCGCCGUCCCCCAACAGCCACUACCUGCUCCCGGUGUCCCCCGUGCCCGCGGACGGGCGCAGCGGGUCCCCGCCGGGCAGCGCCUGCCUCCGCACAGCACCGCAGAUGACACGAAGUCAGCAGAUGGAUGAGCUCCUGGACGUGCUGAUUGAGAGUGGAGAAAUGCCAGCCACUGCCAAGGAAGAUCGGUCCUGCCUCCAGAAAGUACCUCAGAUAACAGUGUCUCCGGGGAGCGCCGGUGCCUCUCUCCCCAAGCCCCCCGCCCCCUUCGAGCAGGUCCCGCCCACGCCGCUGCCCUUCGAGCACUGCCCGGGCAGCAGUGACGCCCACCUGGAGGUGCUGCUGAACAGCCCCCUGGGCAGGGUCAGCGACAUGGCCCUGCUGAAGAUGGGGGCAGAGGAGCCCCACUUUGAGGGGAUGAUGGAGGGGUUCUCUGGCAAAGCCGCAGAUGAACUGCUCAACUCCCAGGAGAUUUUACAGACUCCCCUCUCGCCCAUGGAAACCCAGCUCUCCCCUUCCCCUGCUGAAGGCUCCAGUUUACAAAUGAGUUUCACUGAGUCUCCAUGGGAAACGAUGGAGUGGCUGGACCUCACCCCCCCCAGCUCUGCCACUGGCUUUGGCUCACUCACCCCUGCAGGUCCCAGCAUCUUCAACAUCGAUUUCCUGGAUGUCACCGACCUCAACCUGAACACCAGCAUGGACCUGCACCUGCAGCAGUGGUGAAGGGAGGUACUGUGAGAUGGUGUGAGCCUGCAGCAGGCAGUGCAGUGUUUCUGUCGUGCUGGAGAAUAUGCAGGGCUAACAUGCCUCAUCCAGGGGAAACUGGAGUCAUUUUCCCAGCAUAUAAACUUGUUUGAAUUUCCAGUCACUUCAAAUUGACAGCACAACUCUGGUACUUUGGUUUUCCUCCAUUGACACAUCCCCACAGAGGACACCAGUGCCUAAAACACACUUCCUUUGAUUGACAAGAACUUCCGUUUUCUUUCUUUAGUCUUUCCAGCCCCCAGUUUUACUAGUCACUCUCAUGAGAACUGGAGCAGCUCAUGACAAGACUGCGUGGUGAGAUGGCCUCACCUGGGUUGCAACAGGAAAUCACAGAGCAAAGAGUCCAAUGUUUCCCUCUCCCUCUCUCCCCAAACCCUUCAGACAACCCUGCUGGCCUCAUCUUGGCUGUGCCCAGGCCAUGGGUGUGGAGCAGGAGGCUCUACCCAGCCUUGGCUCUUGCUUGGCUCUUGCUUCCCUCCUCCUACCCCAAAGCUGCAGUGCCCAGUCCCUGCACUGCCCUGCUCCAGAGGGGUGAGAGAUGGAGACCACCAUGUUCAUGGUGGCACCUUGGCAUGUCCUGAAGGGGCAAAAAGCCCAGGAGCCAUCCUGGCUGCAGCCUGCACUGGAUCAGGCUGUGCCCUUGGAGCAGAGAGCUGUGGGGGUUGCAGGCAGGUGUUCAGGAGGCAGGUGCAGGUGUCGCAGGGAUGUGCCGUACUGGUGGAGCGACCGUGUGUCACACCCAUGGGACACAGGCAUGUGUGAGGUGUUUUGGUCCAGGGUAGGAGCAAAUGAUAUGAAAGAACCAGCUGGGCUUUGGAGGGGCUGUUCUGUGCACAGCCAGGUCGGGGUGAUCUCCAUGCCCCUGCCUCAUCUGGGAGCAGGGGGAGCCAGCAGGGACACUCAGUGACCGGCACGUGGAGCAGGGCUGCGGGUCUGUGUGAGCCUCUGCUUGUGCUGCCUGCCCUGCUCUGCCAUCCACCCUCCAUCCUUCUGCCCAUUCUUCAAUCCUCAGCAGUCAUCCUUCUUCCCAAGUUUACUCCAGUGUCACUGCUCCCCCAGCCCAGAGCGAGGCUACUGGAGAACAGCUGUGAAUCACCGAGGAUCUCCUGGAGGAGCCCGUUCUCCUGAAGCUGGCAGAGAAGGAAGCUCUCCCGCAGUGAUGCUGGAAUCACCAGCGUGUCUCCUAUGAGUCUCUGUGCAAUAUUCUUUCCUCAGGCUCUAGCAAGAAGGAGCCUUUGCUUCACCUCUUGGCUUCCACCAAAGAACUUGCUGCAGACUGUGUGAUGGACACGUCUGUUUUUUGCAAUUCUGGUUUUGCCAAAGUAAAUAUUGUUGCUGACGAAGAUUGUUAAACUAUUUACAGACUGAGUGUAUUUAAUAUUUGUGUUACUGGAAGGACAGCACACGGAGAUGCAGCCACUGGGAGGAGGUCCAGCCUGGCCAUGGCUCCCGUGGCACUUCCCCAGGGAUGCUGGAGCUGCUGGAGGUGGCUCUGCAGCCCCGGUGGGUCCCCAGUCCAUGGUGUUGUUGCAUGCUGUAUAAAGCACAUGGCAGUAGCUGUCAAGUCACUAUUUAAAGCACCACUUUUCUAUUGUACAAAUGUCACAGGGCACUGCUAGGAUAGACAGUCACAGGUUGCCUUUUUUUAAAAAGAAUUUCUUUUUCUAAGUGAAAGAUUUUUAGAAGCCAGUCUGUGGAGAAUAUCCAGAGCACUUGAUCCAGAGUAGUGUUAGCUGCUCCACUACAGCCUUGUACAGGGCUUUCCAGGUAACUUUCUUCUCUCAGCAAAUGUAUUUCCUUAUUUAAAGGGGUACUGUCAGCUUCAAACCUGUAAGCAAGCACAUUUCCUUACCUAUGUUACCAGCAACACCUUCAUUAUUAAAACCCUUG